GCCGCGGGCAUGUCAGACAGUGCGUGUGUGACCGUGGAGAGAGAAUCACACACGGCUCUCCGCACCUCCUCAGCACCUCCUCAGCCUGCCCUCCAUCCCAAACCAAGCGAAAGGACGACACCUCGCCUCCACCCGGUUUGGCGCGCUUCUUCUGUGGCGCGAGACGCUCGCGCCGCGCGUGCUUUCGGCGGGAAAGAAGAGCCUCCGUACCCGGUCUGGGGGUGUACCACCGUGUACAGCGGUACACAUACGGGACGCGCAGACGCUGCGGCACUGCCGAGGAGAGCCGUCAGGAGAAUAACGGCAACGGCAGCGUCUUCCUCGCCACAGAAACGGGCGACACGGCGCAUGAGGAGACCCGCCGGAGAGAACCAUCAACCAAAACAUCCCCGCUCUCUCAGCUGCACCCCCCGCCCUGUUUGUGUCUUUUUGAGGCAACCCGAAAAGUCUUGACCGAGGAGCCGUUAACGUGUCGCUACCUCAGCACCACAAGAGAAAGUGUAAGGUCAGCAGCGCUGCAGACGUCAUUCAGCCUCAGAUAACAACACAGCUCUGGGCAGAUUUCAGAACACACCAUCACACCAGGAAGCAUCCUGCCCAUAAGUCUGAAAGCAAGAGAUGACUCAGAAGUGAAUCAGCAGUGGUUUGACUGACAGGCGGCUCGGUGGGAAACGAAGCCUCGAGACAGAGAAAGUCUGAUAACAGAAGUGAAAUUACCACCUUUCGGUCAGCAAAGAGGAUCAUCUUUCUCAACAUGGCCUCCACCACUGAAUCGUUUUGGACGUAGAGGGAGUCACUGGACAGUCACACCUGAAGUGACAGAAGUGUUUAGUCGACUUUAGACUGCAGACAAACAGCUGGAGCCAAAUGCUCUCCAGUGCCCUAGUUGUAGCAACAUCAGUCCAUGGAGCUAAAGAGGAAACAAAACAGGGCACUUUGAGACCCUUUAAGAAAGUUUUUAUUCUCAACUCCAUUUCAAGUCGUUGAAUUUUGAUUCCAUAUAGUUGCUGAAUUCAGUUGAAUGCCCUCAGUAUCCAACCCCUUGCAUCCAGACAAUUUUAGGGAACAUUGUGGAACAUUUCCUGUUGGCUUGUUAACUCUGUUCUUUAGUUGACCGACAGACAGCUUGAGGUGAAUGCUCUCAAUGUCGUCCCUUAGCAACUUCAGUCUGUGGAGCUAAAGAGGAAAUCCUGGACAAUUUUGGGGAACCUUGUGGAACGUUUUUGUAGGAACGUUCGCUCCUCUCCCUUUCAUGUUUGUUCGAGGCCCAAGUGUGCGGCUGGAGGCUCCAUCAUGGCCAGGGCCCUGCUGAAGAUCCAGCGCUACUUCCGUCGGAAGCCCGUCCGCUUCUUCUCCUUCAUCCUUCUCUACCUCACUGCCGGCAGCCUUGUUUUCCUCCACUCUGGAUUUUCCGGUGACAGUGGCCAGGCUGGCCGUGACCCGCUCACCUUGGCUGAGAAUGGGCCUUUGUCCUCGGAGAGCCGUGGUCUGGGGCUCAUCGGCAGAGUGUUUAAGGACACACGGAGGGCUGCUAGGUUCGGGCCGCCCUGGAUGAAGGGGAACGGGCAGGACGGCCCGGCGUGGGUCAGCGCAGGCAGCAGGAGCCGAGGUGCCAAAGGGAAAAACACCAAAGAGACAGAGGACGGGAGAGCAAAGUAUAUUGGCUGCUAUGUGGAUGACACGCAGAAGAGGGCACUUCGGGGGGUGUCUUUCUUCGACUACAAAAAAAUGACCGUCUUCCGUUGCCAGGACAACUGCGCCGAGAGGGGAUAUAUGUAUGCGGGCCUAGAGUUUGGAGCCGAGUGUUACUGCGGCCACAAGAUCCAGGCGGCGAAUGUGUCUGAGAGCGAGUGCAACAUGGAGUGUAAGGGAGAGAAGAGUAACCUGUGUGGAGGAGCCAAUCGCCUGUCCAUCUACAGACUGGAGCUGAGCCAGGAAUCUGCCCGCCGAUAUGGGAGCGCCAUCUUUAAAGGCUGUUUCCGGAGGCCGGACAAUGUCACCUUAGCACUUCCUGUUGGGGCCGUCAUUCAAAACAUGUCCGUGGACAAGUGUGUGGACAUGUGCACGGAGAAGGAGUUCUCUCUGGCGGCUCUGGCUGGUGAUAAAUGCCACUGUGGCUUCCCAACGAUUCUUUUCACACUGCAUGAGCCAGAGGAAGAGGAGCUGUGCAUCCAUCGCUGUGCUGGAGAGGACUUUGAGAGCUGUGGAAAUGACGAGUACUUUGUGGUCUACCAGACGCAAGUGCAAGACAAUCGAUGUAUGGAUCGGCGCUUCCUGCCCACGCGUUCUAAACAGCUGACGGCUCUAGCUAGUUUCCCCGGUGCUGGAAAUACUUGGGCUCGCCACCUCAUAGAGCUGGCCACUGGAUACUACACAGGGAGCUACUACUUUGAUGGGUCACUAUAUAACAAGGGUUUUAAAGGGGAGCGUGACCACUGGCGCAGUGGAAGAACCAUCUGCAUAAAGACCCACGAGAGCGGAAGAAAGGAGAUUGAAUCCUUUGACUCCAGCAUCCUCAUAAUCCGGAACCCGUACAAGGCCCUCAUGGCCGAAUUCAACCGCAAAUACGGAGGCCAUAUAGGUUUCGCCUCCCAGGCACACUGGAAGGGGAAAGAGUGGCCGGAGUUUGUAAAGAACUACGCACCAUGGUGGGCAUCACACACACUGGACUGGCUGAAAUAUGGUAAGAACGUGCACGUUGUGCACUUCGAGGACCUGAAGCAGGAUCUGUUCUUGAAGCUGAAGCGCAUGGUGCUGUUCCUGGGUCUGGAGGUGUCAGAGGACCGGUUACUGUGUGUGGUGGGCCAGAAGGACGGCAACUUCAAGCGCUCAGGCCUCCGGAAGCUGGAGUACGAUCCAUACACUCCUGAAAUGCGGGCCACCAUUGACGGCCUCAUACGGACCGUGGAUGCAACGCUCAAGCAGAGAAAAGUGACCCGGGUCCCGGAAGAUUACAGGCCUAGAUGAUACCAUCUCUUGCUUUUCUCAUGUUGGGCUCAUCCCUAUCGCUUUAGCUUUCACUCUCAAACCAGGUAUUUAACAAAGAAGGAUUUUCUCAGUAAGCUGGAAGCCCUUAAGCCCAAAGCGAGGACUGUUCAACAGAAAGGUCCCUUAGCUGUUCUCUUAUUAGACCAGUACAGUUCUUGGCUUAUGUAGUCUGGCUAAUUGAACAACCUAGUGUAAAAUGUGUGAAACAUCCAUAGAAGUUUUAAAAACAGCACGUGACAUGUUCGGUCUGCGUGUCCACUUGCAGAAAAACAUUUAAACAUGCCCAGUGUUGUAUUCAAUUUAACACAGGAAAUGUGUUUAGGCAUUUUUUCUAACUACCAGCGCUUCAGAGAUCUGAUGAUACGAUCUUUCACACUUUUCGCGAGUUUUGCUCUUCUCUUUUAGUUUUGUUGUUGCUCUCGUUCUGAUGACCUGAUGAAAUGCCCUGAAUGAGUUUUUUUUUCUUAUGUUCUGUUGACUAAAAAAGAGGACCUACUCUUGAAGAAAAAAAAACAAAACCAGCGCUUCUUGUUCUCAGACUUCCUUUGCUUUCUCUUCUUCAGCUUUUUGGUUCCUUUUCAGAGCUUUUAUACACAGAGACACAGGAAUGAAAGGUCCUUAAUAGACGCAACGUGUGACUAAAGGAAGACAAUCGUGUGCAACUUGGAUAACUGUCCAGUCAACAUGGGGAUAGGAAGUGAAGCACUUUCAGUGUGUUGGCAUGUGUGUGUGUGUGUGUGUGUGUGUGUGUGUGUGUGUGUGUGUGUGUGUGUGUUUGUAUUAAAAACCUUAAGAGCAAGCACAUAUACCCAUCUCAAUGCGAUGAAUCAUUCACUUUAUGCUGGGCAGAAAACAGUCUCAUUUUUACCCACGUGUGACAGGAUUAAGCACUAUUUGAGCUGGAUUCACCAGAGGAUGUUCUGUAAUGUGGGAUUUGAUUGGCAGACUGGUAUGAGAUAAAGUAGCAUGCAGUUUCCCCAAAUGACCACAAAACCUUUAAAAACUACAAACAUUCAUACUGGAUUGAAAUCACUCGUACUGAAUUAAAAUCACUCCCCAAUUAUUACCGUCAGACUGUAAAACUACACACACUGCAGAUUCAUACUGGAUUAAAAUCGCUCCCCAAUUAUUACCGUCAGACUGUAAAACUACACACA